CAAAACAGGAGGUUGAUACAAACAAAUCUAAGAGAUGUUUGGGUUUUUUUUAUUUUGGAAAUACAAUUGCAAAUAAUUUUGAGAGCAUGGAUGAAAUGGAGGAUAGUCUAAGAAAACAUAAAAUACCAAACUGACUCUUAAUGGAGAAAGCAAUUGUAAACAGACUAAUCACCAAAAAAAGAAAUGGAAAAAGCUAUCUAAACUCUACUCCCCACCAAAUCACCAGGCCUAGAUGGUAUCUCAGGUGAUUUCUAUAAAACUUCAGGGAACAGAACUAGACGUCCAAUGCCAUUAAGUCUGUGAUGGAGUAGAGAAAGAGAAAGAGAAAACCUCUAAAUUCAUUUUAUAAAGCCAGCAUAACACUACUAAUCAAAAAUGCUAAGACGGUAGUGAACUGCAGACGGGCGCCAUGGAGGCCUGCGAGCAGGUCCAAAAGGGGCCCUUGGAGCUGAAAGGCGUCGCAGAGCUCAGCAUGACCAAGCAGAAGGAGAAGAAGGACAAAGACAAGGCGAAACGCCUGGAAGCGAUGGGAAUGAGCAUAAAGAGCAAGGAGCAGAGGUGUGGCCUGGAAAAGUGGGCCUCGGCCCAGGUGGCCUUGGAGGAGAUGCAGCAAAUGGAGAAGAUCCUGAAGAAAGCAUCCAAAACCCACACACCGAGCGAGCGCAGAGGACUCAACCGAGACCUGGACACACUCCGGGAGCGCUAUGACGCGCCCGGAGUCAGCUGGGCAAAGUAGCUUCCCUGCUCCAGGGUAUGCAGUGGCACGGCAGGGGAGCAGAAGGCCAAGCUGGGGUUAUGUCUGGUGCCUUUGGUAUUUUCCAGAAACAUUCUUUUACACACACCCUUGUGUCUUCUGCUGAGACAGUGCUUUUCAAAGCAGUGUGCCCUCAUUCCAGACUUGAUUAAAGUAAGACUGUCCUUUUAUUCUACUUUGAUUUCUUGG